UGCCCACUUCCCUUAUCCCUUCUCUCUCUCUCUCUCUCUCUCUCUCUCUCUCUCUCUCUCUCUCCUCUGUGCCAGCUCCCAUCUGAAAGGAAUUACAAGCUAUAUUGCAAUAUAGAAAAUAGAGACACUGCAAAGACCCACAAGUGGAGAGAGAGACCCACAGAGCUAGGGUCACCUACAGAUGCAUUAAGAGAAACCAAAAAAUAAUAUUCCCAUUUGAUCAUGGAAGCCCAAAAUGAAAAUGGGAUCCGCCGCCCUAAUUUCCCACUUCAACUCCUAGCAGACAAGACCCAAGAACAAGCUUCUAAUCCCACCUCUUAUUCUUCUCUUCCCAUUUCUCCGGCCACCCGACCCAACCCCACGGCGCCCACUGCGGUGGAGACCCUCAAGAAGCCUCCCCCCAAGAGGACCUCCACCAAAGACCGCCACACCAAGGUCGACGGCCGCGGCCGCCGGAUCCGCAUGCCCGCCACCUGCGCCGCUAGGGUUUUCCAGCUCACCCGAGAAUUAGGCCACAAGUCCGACGGCGAAACCAUCGAGUGGCUCCUCCAGCAGGCCGAGCCCGCCGUGAUAGCUGCCACCGGCACCGGCACCAUCCCCGCCAAUUUCACCUCCCUCAACAUCUCCCUCCGCAGCUCCGGCUCCACUCUGUCGGCGCCAUCGCACCUCCGGAGCACCGCCAGUUAUUAUAGCUCCGGCGGCUUCCCCCCGCCGCUGCCGCUGUGGGAGCGGAGCCGCAUCGAAGAGUCCGCGGCUGCGCAGCGGAGAAUCCUGUUUCCGGGGGAGAGUUCGCAAGUGGGUUUUCCGUCGACAAACGUGAACUCCGAGGGCGGCGUCGAGUUGUCGGAAUCCGACGGGAUUGGUGGUGCGGGGAGAAAGCGGCCGCCGGAGCAAGAGCUGUUGAGCAAUCAGAUGGGUGGGUAUAAUUACUUGUUUCCAUCGAGCUCGUCGAGUUCGCUUCCGACGAGUCAAGGCCAAGUCCCGGCGGGGCCCGCAACGACGACGUUUUGGAUGAUGGGUGGCAGCGGGCAAGAGCAGGUGUGGCCGUUUCCGGCCUCGGUUGGGAACAGCAGUUCCAUGUACAGAGGGAUGACGAUGUCGAGCGGGCUGCACUUUAUGAACUUCCCGGCGGCGUUGGUAGCGGGGCAGCAGUUAAUGGGUGGCGGCGGCGGCAGUGGGGAGGGGAGCCACGUGGGCAUGCUGGCGGCGCUGAACGCUUUUAGGGGGGCAGCUGCGGAUGGGGAGUCGGGGGCGAACGGCGGGGGGCAGCCGCAUGAGGGAGGAGAAGGUGGAAGCAGCUAGUCAUCAGCAGAUCGAACUAGAGUCAGGUUUAUGAAAUAUAUAUGUAUCUAUAUUUCAAGUGCAAGCAAGCUAGCCAAGCUAGUGUAUGGUUUGAUCGAUGCUUUUAAUUUUCUCUCUCACUCAAUUUUCUAAAUUUCAGUUCUUUCUAUAUAUAUAUAUAUGUGUGUGUGUGUGUGUGUGGAUUUUGGAUGUGCAUUGAUGAUGAUGAUGAUUUGAAGUACAAUUGAUUAGUUUUUUAUGAUAAUAAUUGAGUUUGACAAUCCAUUUUGGGUUAA